UCUGGGAACACCCCCCUCCCUCAAAGCUCUCCCAACCCUGUGCCCCUUUCCCAGAAGCCACCCCGAACAGCCGCAGAGGUUCAGACUUGGAGGGAGGGCAGGGGUGAUAGCCCCCCUCCCUCCAGGCCCCCAGCUCAGGCCAGCUUUUCGCAUUAAUCUCAAAGUCAAGGACUUGAAUUAAACUGGGUCAGGGGACAGCCACCCCCCAACCCAGAGCUGCCGCUGGGCCCCUUUCCCCGGGGAACCAGCUUCUGUGAGGUUCCCCCGCCAGCCUCACCCUCCUGGGACCCAGGCCUGCCGUCUUCAGUGGCCCCAAACCUAACCUCAUCUCCACCUGAUCCUCUCUGGCGCCCUGACAGCGUCUUCUGUCCUGGGACAGGCCGAAAGCACCCUGAAUCCUUAUCUCACCUCACCUCAUUCCCCAGCCCUAGCCUUAAAAUCUCUCUUCCCUAUUUGAGGAUAUCAAUCCCUGUCCCAGACCUCAGCUGCCUCCCCAGCCUUCCCGCUCUCGGUCCUGUCUCUUGGGUACCCCCUUAUCUGGGACAUAUUUACUAGCUGGGAUCCUGUGGGGGCGGGGUCCUUCUCGCCUAGAACCUCAGGAGCAGAUCUUUCCUUAGAUGACCCUGGAGACUGGCUUGCAAGGCAGGUCUCAGGAACCCAAAUGCUGGGGCCUCAUCUCCUCCCAUUUAGGACUCUUGGGGGUCCAGGCUCCUGGCUUUCUUUUAUUUCUGGAGAGAGGGGUCUGCAUGCCCAGCGCACGUCCGAGGGAGGAACCUUAAGAUGCCUGUGGAGAUCAAUAGAGGAUGUUGAAUCCUCCAGAGCAAGAGUACAGGAAGUUGUGGGCUGCCCAACAUGGGUCUCCGCCAGAGCAACAAGCAGUUGUUAACCACUGAACCUCUUUCAAAGCCCCAAGGGAUUAAGUUUUAACAUAAUCUGACACCUUCUCACAGAGUCACUAGAGGAAAGAGUGGAAAGCCCAGAAGAGAAACCUCUUCCUCUUCGUGUGAGGAAACUGAUACAGAAACCUUGUGAUGAGCGCCAGUCCACACAUCCUGCCUCUUGUGUCCACUGCAGGGCUUCAGCUCCAGACCUGGUCAGACUGCUGGAGCCUGAGUCAUGUCACUUCAUCCUGCCAUUGUGCUGGCCCUCGUGCUGUGCCUGGGGCAGACAAUCAACACUCAGGAAGGGUCUCUGUUGAGUCCUUUCAUCUCAGCUGAACCAGGCCUCGUGAUUCCCCAAGGGCAUUCUGUAACCUUUGUGUGCUCAAACCCUGGUGGGCAUGAUACAUUCCGCCUGGAGAAGGGAGGCCAUGCAGUCAUGGAUAAGGAGAACACACAGCCCUCAAUGACAGAGGUUAGAUUCCAGCUUGGCCCAGUGAAUGAAAGCACUUCUGGAGGCUAUUCCUGUCUCUAUUUAAAAUGGGGCAACUGGUCCCCACGCAGUGAGACCCUGGAACUAAUGGUAACCAGAGAAGAUGUCACCCAGGCUCCUGACCCAGGUCCAACAGUGAACUCAGACACAUCUUGGCUGAAGACAAAUGGCAUUUAUAUUCUUGUUGGGGUCUCUGUGGUCUUCCUCCUUUGUCUUCUCCUCCUCCUUCUCUUCUGCUUCCAUAGCCACCGUCAGAAAAAGCAGGGGCUCCCAAACAGCAAGAGCCAGCAGCAGAGGCCACAAGAGAGGCUCAGCCCAGCUCCUAAUGGCCUUGAGAGGACACCAGAUAUAGUCAGGGAUGACAAGCUUCCUGAGGACAGAAGAACAGAAACCUGGACCCCUGCUGCAGGAGGCCUUCAGGAGGUGACAUAUGCCCAGCUGGACCAUCACGCCCUCACACAGAGGACAGCUGGAGCUGUGACCCCACAGAGCACAGAUACCAUGACUGAGUCCAGCACCUAUGCCGCCAUCAUCGGACGCUGAGCCUGGGCACAUCUGGAGACAUGCACAGUGGAAAAGCCCAAAGCAGCCAUUCAAGGGCUCCUUUUCGGAUCACCUUGGUGUGGAAAGCUAACCAGCCAGUUCUGCUCAAGGCAGAAACUGGACCCUGGAGGCCCCUGUUCCCUAUCUAGGAGUUGCAUUGUGUAGGUGGUAGUAUCAGUCCUUGGAAAGACCAUGUUGCAGUAAGCUUCCGAGCCCAAGUUGCAAUCACCUGGUUGUGUCCAGAGACACAGUUAGAGCCCCUUAGCUGUUUCUACAGACCCUUCCACAGCCCAGAUUCUUUAAUGAACAGCACUGGAAUUAUCCAGUGGCCUCUACACCCCAACUUGUGUAAUAAGCCAAGUGAAACCCUAAAGGCUUCCUCGGAUCCCCCUGCCGACUCUGACUGGGUUGUACUCAUGCAGCUGGAAGCUAAGCCGCUUCUCUGCAUCAGGCCUCAUGGCAUGUAUCAUGGGGAUUUUUGAAGAUGGAGCAUCUGCAACCUGUGUGGAUCUUGGACACACAGCCUGUAAGGACCCAAAUUCUGUCUUUAUAGCUGUCCAGAGAUGAGUGGAGAAAUGAGGGUGACACAGGAUGCCUAUGAUUCCCUUUUCUUUAAAUAUAUGUGUAGUUGAACAAGCUGAGCAUACUCAAGUGUGUACCAUCAGGUUUGGUGUGCUGUUGUGUGUGUAGCCAGCGGCACAGACCGUCAGCACAGCUGCCACCUCCCCCUGGAUGCCCUCAACAUGUUCACUGAUGAUUGAACUUGGGUCGGUGUUUGUUACUGGAGUGUGUUGAUCAAGGGAUGGAAGAGGAAG